AUGUCAAGAAUCUUAUACGGGUGCUGUAAACAGUACGUUGGCGGUUCACACCAGUUCAGAAAUUACCAAGGCAUCCAGUCUCCCAGCAAGUGCCAAGAGGCAUUCAUUCAAUGCUCCGCUGACACCAAUUUGCCCAAAGAGAUCUCCAUUCUUGGAGACUUCAAUGUUCACCACCAGCUUUGGCUUUCCUCUCCCUUCACUGACCAUCCUGGUGAACUAGCCUACAACUUUGCUAUCCUCCAUGACCUAGAGCAAUUGGUGCAACACCCUACUCGUAUUCCUGACUGUCUUGGAGAUACACCCAACAUUCUUGACCUUUUCCCCCAGCCUCAGCCCCAGCCCCAGCCUUUUCAUCCCAGCCUCUCCCAGUGCAUCCUAGCCUCUCCCAGUCCAUCUCAGCCUCUCUCAGUGCAUUCCAGCCUCUCCCAGUCCAUCCCAGCCUCUCCCAGUCCAUCCCAGCCUCUCUCAGUGCAUUCCAGCCUCUCCCAGUCCAUCCCAGCCUCUCCCAGUCCAUCCCAGCCUCUCCCAGAGCAUCCUAGACUCUCCCAGUCCAUCCCAGCCUCUCCCAGUCCAUCCCAGCCUCUCCCAGUGCAUUUCAGCCUCUCCCAGUCCAUCCCAGCCUCUCUCAGUGCAUUCCAGCCUCUCCCAGUCCAUCCCAGCCUCUCCCAGUGCAUCCUAGCUUCUCCCCCAGUCCAUCCCAGCCUCUCUCAGUGCAUUCCAGCCUCUCCCAGUCCAUCCCAGCCUCUCCCAGUCCAUCCCAGCCUCUCUCAGUGCAUUCCAGCCUCUCCCAGUCCAUCCCAGCCUCUCCCAGUGAUAAUAAAGCAAUUUGGAUUUAGGAGAGGGAGAUUGUGUGUUACAAACUUACUGAGUUACACUUAGAUCUAUAGAAAACUGUUAUCAAAUGGCAUAUAACAUUUUAUGUUAUAUGCCAUAAUUUAUUAUGGCAUAUAAUAGAUUAUUAUUAC